AUGCUAUUACAAUCAUUUAUAUCAGCAAAAGCAAUCAUAUCAUCUCAAACAGCACAAUCAACUGCAUCAACACAAUUGACAAAUUUAAACAACUUAUUGCAGUCCAUUUCUUUAACUAAAAAAAGAAAAGCUAAUGUAGUAACUUCUAACUUUCCUAUGACUACUACUAGCAAUAAGUUUAGCAAACAAUUAUUUAUGAGUUUUCUCUAA